UUUGUUGUUGUAGUGCGACAUUACAUACGAGUCCUCAGCAUUAGCCUCAGUAGAUGUUAAAGGAAAGAGUUUUAAGUUAUUUGCAUCUUUUUAUUGUCCAUCGCAAAAUCAAUUAGAGUUUAAACCAUAACCAAUCAGGAUAUACACGUGUCUAUAUUAUGCACAAGCUAAGGGGAAAUCAAAAAGAGAAGGUUCGCCAGUUUAUGGGCUUCACACAAGCAAAUGAAAAAACUGCAAUUGCUUGCUUAACCCAACAUGACUGGCGCCUAGAUAUAGCAUCUGACAGAUUUUUUCAAAAUGCUGAGCUCUACUUUCGAGAUUCCCAACCAAGGCCUGUUCCUGUUGAUUGGAAAAAAAUUGAACAACUUUUCGUGCAAUACAGAGACUCUAGUGAACAUGAUAAAAUUCUUGCUGAUGGCAUAAUGCAUUUCCUUGAGGACUUAGGUUUAAGCCCUGAUUCUAGACUAGUUUUGUUGCUAGCGUGGAAAUUCAAAUCCUCUACCCAGUGUGUAUUCACGAAAGAAGAAUUCAUUAAUGGAAUGACUGAAAUGGGAUGUGAUUCGAUAGAAAAACUACGAAUGAAACUGCCCGCUCUAGAAGCUGAAAUUCAAGAUGCAAUGAAAUUCAAAGAUGUUUAUCAGUUUACCUUCAAUUAUGCAAAAAAUCAAGGUCAGAAAGGGUUAGACUUGGAUAUGGCCAUUGCGUACUGGAACAUCAUUCUCCGAGGGCGGUUCAAAUUCCUGGAUUUAUGGUGUUCGUUUUUGCAAGAACACUACAAACGUUCAAUACCAAAAGAUACAUGGAACUUACUUCUGGAUUUUGCACAGCUGAUAAACGAUGACCUUUCUAAUUACGAUGAGGAAGGAGCAUGGCCAGUUCUUAUUGAUGAUUUCGUGGAGUAUGCACGCCCGUUGUUAAACCAGUCGGGUUAGCUUAGCUUACUGAAUAGGAGUGUAAAAUUCAACAAUCAAGUUAAACUUGCUACGAAUGCAAGGCGUUUGGAAGAUAAUGGCAAAUGUACAAACUUUAAAAUGUAUUGCAAAUUGUUAAAUAAUUCUUUGAUUAAAAUAAGUGAUGAGUACUAGAUAAGGUAUCACUAUGAUACAUGAUGAAUCCUGAAUGAAUUGAAAAAUCCCUAAUUUUAUUGAUUCCGUCUUACGAAUCUUUGCGCCUUUCUCAUGGGUGCGCUGAAGUAAGAAGUAGGAACCAUACUCUUAAUGUCUUUAAAAGUCUUUAUAUUCUGAUUUUUGAUUGCAACAUCCUUGCUUGGUUUGGUUCUAAUAGAUUUUGUCAAAACG